AUGGCCGUGGCAAACUUGAUCAGUCAGACUCUUCAAGAGCUUCAGCCUAGAUUGAGAACAAACGGAUUUGGUAUUGGUAAUGCUCAUAGAAAACUAUCAUUGACUUUUAUCCCACCAAGUACAAAAUCACCAUUAUUCCAAUACGGGUCUUCACCAGGUCAAAGAAGUUUCUUAUCUCUAGGUACGGAUUAUGAAGGACUAGGGAAUGAUAGAGAUAGAUUGGGGAGUAUAGGUGAAGAAGAUGAAGACGAUGAGCUAGGCGGUGAAUUAAGUCGAACAGUUUCAUUGCCCUCUCAAAUAUCAGAAAGACCAGAUCCAGAAUUAAACUGGCUAUUGGAAGAACAUCAUAGACAUUAUUCAAGCGUACAUCCAUCAGACGAAUCAGAAGAAGAAUCAGAAGGAGAAGAUACCCAAGAUUAUCACGGUUAUCAAGAUGAUAGUGAUAGUUUUACACAAUUAAUGUCAAGAAUAAGGCGAAACCAACAUCAAUUUCGUAAAAAUUCAGUUACUUCAGUUGGAUCAGCUGUUAGUGUUAGUCAACAAGGUGCUGAAGAUUUUGAUCAUGAAAAGGUAACAAUCAGAUCUGAAAUCAACAAAUUAUUACAAUAUUCAAUCCCUUUAAUCAUAACAUUUUUAUUAGAACAAAUAUUCUCUGUUGUUUCUGUCCUUGUGGUGGGCCAUAUAGGUAAAAAUGAACUAGCUGCAGUUUCAUUAGCAACAAUGACCUCAAAUAUUGUUUUUGCAGUUUUUGAAGGUCUUGCGACUGCAUUGGAUACACUCUGUCCUCAAGCUUAUGGAGCUGGUGAUUUAUAUGGUGUUGGUAUUCAUUUUCAAAGAUGUGCCUUGAUGUCAAUGGCUUUAUUUGUACCAUUUGGAAUUAUCUGGUGGUUUGCUGGAUUUUUUUUGAAAUUUGUUGUCCCAGAACCUGAAUUAGUUAGACUGGCUUCAUUAUUUUUGAAAGUCAUGCUACCAGGUGCUCCUGCCUACAUAUUGUUCGAAAAUUUGAAAAGAUAUUUACAAGCUCAAGGAAUUUUUGAAGCUGGUACUUAUGUGUUGCUGAUUUGUGCGCCUUUAAAUGUCUUGAUGAGUUAUUUAUUAGUCUGGAACAAAUAUAUUGGUGUUGGAUUUAUAGGUGCACCAAUUGCAAUUACAAUAAAUUUUUGGAUGAUGUUUAUCAUGCUUGUUGGAUAUACUGUUUUCAUUGAUGGUGAUAAAUGUUGGGGUGGAUUCUCUAAAAAGAGUUUAUAUCAUUGGAAAGAUUUAAUGCAUCUAGCUAUACCAGGUGUUAUUAUGCUUGAAGUGGAAAGUUUAUCAUAUGAAAUUAUGACUUUAUUUGCAUCAUAUUUUGGUACAGAAUAUUUAGCAGCUCAAUCUGCAGUCUCCACCAUUGCCUCAUUAGUUUAUAUGAUUUCGUUCUCAGUAGGAAUUGCAUCCUCUACAAGAAUUGCAAAUUUUAUUGGAGCAAGAAGAAUUGAUUGUGCUAAAUUAGCUGCAAAAAUUGGUAUAUAUGGUGCAGUAAUUACAGGUAUUGUUGACUGUAUUUUAAUGAUUGUGCUCAAAAGACCAUUAGCUCAAAUGUUUUCCAAAGAUGAAGGCGUUGUUCAAAUGACUGUUGAUAUUUUCCCAUUAAUCGCAGUGGUUCAAGUUUUUGAUUCUAUGAAUGCUGUUGCUGGUAGCUGUUUAAGAGGUCAAGGUAUGCAAAGAAUCGGUAGUUAUAUCAACUUGUUUGUUUACUAUGUUAUUGGUAUGCCUUUAGCCUGGUAUUUUGGUUAUUAUUUGGACUUUAAGUUAGUUGGCCUAUGGCUCAGUAUAGGGUUUGGUUUGUUCUUAAUUGGUGUCAGUGAAUCUUGGUUUGUUUUGAAUGCUGAUUGGCAAAAGAUUAUGAAUGAAGCCGAUCAAAGGAAAGAAGAUGAACUGGAGAAUGGAUCCAUGGAUUAA